UCCAAGUGAGCACAAAGUAUGAGCUUCCUCCCUCUCCGUGCACUUAUACCACACACACACUCACAGGCAGCGGACUAGAACUUUCCCUUUUUGGAUCAUGAAAGUUCUUCAGUUUUUCGUUGUUUUACUUGGUGGACUGGUUGCAGCACAACAACAUGCCUUAAUAGACUACUUGGAGAGGAGACUGCUUGCAAUUGAGGAUCGUAUCUCCUUGUGGCAUGAACAGACAAGCCGCUACACUUCAGAGCUGCAUGAGUUUAAGCAGCAGAUUGUAGCUCAGCUUGAGGGCCUAGACAAGAACAAAGAGACACUGAGGAGUGAGCUGGAUGCAGUGGGUGUACGUGUUGACCGGGUGGAGCGCGAGAUGGAUUAUCUUGAGACACAGAAUGGAGCACAGCCCUGCGUAGAUGUGGAUGACAAGCUGGUGGAGCAGCAGGUGACUGUGGCCAAAGAGAGGAACAAGUCCAAAUAUGCCAAGCUAACAGAUUGCAGUGACAUGGUGUCAAGCAUUAAGGGCAUGAAGAUUCUCAAAAGGGUUGGUGGUGUUAAAGGCAUGUGGACUAAAGACAUGGGGGUCUCCACUGGUAAGGUGUACCUCUUCAAUGGUACUGGGGAGGAUACACUCUAUGAGUUCAGUUCUGUGCGGGACUUCACCUCCUCCCUAGGCAUUGCAGAAGGCAAAGCUGUCCAACUUCCCUCCUCCUGGCAAGGUAUGGGUCAUGCUGUGUACAAAAAUCACCUGUAUUAUGUAAACGUCAGUGAGGAGAUAAGGUUGGUGAAGUUCGACAUACAGAAAGGUUCUGUGGUUGACAGUGCUGUCUUCCCAGCCAAAGACCAGCUCCCAGUCUACAGUCUUAAUUCCGAGACCUACAUUGACUUGGCUAUAGAUGAAGAAGGUAUGUGGGCCAUUUAUGCCACAAAGAAUAAUGAGAAACAUGUGUCAUUAGCCAAGGUUGACCCUCAAAAUCUGACCAUUGUGCAGAUGUGGGAUACACCUUGCUCAAGGGAGAAUGCAGAGGCAGCUUUUGUAGUUUGUGGCACGGUCUAUGUAGUCUACAACUCCAAGCUUCCCAGCCGCUCCCGUAUCCAGUGUGUUUUUGAUGUGAGUGAUAUGGUAACCAAUGAUGAUGCACCUACAGUGUAUUUUCCAAAGCGUUAUGGCACUCACUCAAGCCUCAAAUACAGUCCCAUGGAACAGCUAGUCUAUGCUUGGGAUGAUGGGUACCAGAUUCUUUACAAGUUACAAAUGAAAAAAAAACUGGAUGUGUAGACUGUAAUGAAAUGGCUUGCGACCAACAUAAACAAAAUCUGGUAAACCAGGUAAACCCUGUUUUGAUGCAUUUAUCUACGAGGAGUUGCUGAGAUUUUAAGGUCUAAACUUUAAUCAUUUAUCUGAUCAUAACCAGAUAUUUUUAAUUUUCUAUUAUAAAGUCUUUGCAAUAGCACAUUUCCCCCAUUUAUAUAUAUAUAUGUAAUGGAUUGACAGGGUCAAUAAGUAUUACACAAUGUUCAUUUUAUAUGAGACUAGGUAUAGGUUUAUAGAUAAAGCCUUGUUCUACUGUACCAAAGACACCAGAUAUUCAAAAUGAAAUACCUGUACACUAAUUUGCAAAUGCUUGAUCUUUAUCCUUAUAUCAAGUUUAACCAUUUUCCUUUCUGUAUCUUGUUGUAAACAACUGACUGUUGAAACAUUAAAUUGAAAUGAAAAUAGAACAA